UACAUUUCCUUGGUCAUCGUUUUCAACAGUACCCUUCUAAAUCUCUAGUUUCCCUCUCCCAUGACUGUCUCCCCUCGACAGGAAACAUCAUGGGCAUCUGCGGCUCCUUCUUACACAUAUUUCCUCUCUGUUGGAUCGAGGCAAAGCUCUAGGAUCUUUGGUUCGAUGCAGAGUUUAGCAAAGAUCUUAUAGCGAAGCUUCGCUAUAAGAUCUUUGGAGUUUAGUUCGAUGUCUUGCUCCUUUCGCGUUGCGGGUUUUACUCCUCCCUUUCCGGCGUGUCGAGGCUUCCUUCCUCCAUAGACGUAGAGAGAGAGACGCGCACUCACACAGACAGAGGUGCGGCGGUUCUCCAGCAAUCCCUAUCCCUAUCCCUGUGGAGGUGGUGGUGGAGGUGGUCCGGAGACCGGGAACCGGGCCUGGAUUAGGCCCAAGGAGAGUGGAGCUCAGGCCAGAUCAACGACAGAUGAAGAUGACUAGUGUCUGAUCUGAAAAUUCACUUGCUGCAACAUCAGAUCUCCUGCGGCAUCGUUUCGUGAUCUGAAUGGACAGGAGAAGGGUCUCAACUCAAUCCACUGAUCUGGAUCAUCCAGGGCCAUUGAAGUCUGGGGGAAAAUUUAAAAUUCCAAAGAAAAAGAUCUCUGAAGUGGACAAGGUAGAGACACAUUCUCCUCUAUCCAGACUCAGUGAAACACGAAUUGAAAAUUUAAAAGCAUCAAAUAAACAUUGGCCCUUGAAUUAUGUUUUCAAUAAAACAAGAAAUCGUCAUUUGACUGUUUAUAGUCAAAGGAGGAAUUGCCCAUCAAGUCGUAACGUCCCUGCAGCUGGACAACUGAACAGGGAACCCAGAAUUAUACUCAGAGAUGUGCUGACGACAGAUUCAGGACGACAACAUUUGAUGCAUCUAAAAAAAGGAGACUGUAGCAAUGCCGAAAAUACUGACACUGCACAUGCAAAGUAUCACACAUCAGCAACCAGUGAGCAAACAGAUACCUGUCAUGAGGAAAUCAAAACAUCUCACCAUGAUAGUCAAUCCAACAUUUUAUUCAGCAGUGGGGGGCAAACCGAGAGGAAAUUAGAAUGUCGCAUCCGGAUGCAGAAUGAAAAUUCAGUCAGACCAAAGGAAGAUGAUAGUUCAUCACUGAGAAUUUCAGAGAAAGAAAUCAAAGGCAUAUGCAGGAUAAAGCUUACAGAAAAAGGAGACCAGCUGUAUGAAGAUAUAAAAAUAAAUGAAAGCCAGUGCAAAGUAAAUGUUCAGAAAGACCCUGUGACGGAUUCACCUCUUCCAAGCCCCAAGAAAAAAAGAUUAUGCACUGAUCUUCAGGAUCAUCCUCUCAGAGGAGAGGUUGCAUGUUCUCAGGAUGGUGAGGAUUCGCUGAAGAAGAUGCUUAAAUGUCUAAGAUGCGAAGAGCAGACUCAAAAUUGUCAUUGCUUUAGCAAUAAUACAGAAGACAAGGAUCCACUUAUGGAGAUCACCCAAACUGAAUCUGGUCUGCAGCAAGAGACUUUUUCCCCAUUGAAUACAAAGCAACAAAGCCCCAAUCACAGGAACCAAGAAUCUGUUAAUAAUAACCCUUCAUCCCCUGAUGGUGAUAUUAAUUGGAAAGUAUCCCAGUGUCCUCCAGUACCAAAUGGACAGAAAUCUGAAACAUUAUGUCUGAAUUUGCCUUUAUUGAAGCCUCAGAUGAAGCCCUUAAAACCAGUGGUUGUUGCAAGCGAACCAAUUGUGCUUUCCAGUGAUGAUGAAGAUGGAGAAAAGGUGCAACCUGGUGUCCAGUGCACCACAUUAACUCCAGAGACUAAACGUUUACAUCUGGGGAGUAAGCUGCUGCCAACUGACAACUGCAAAAGAGAAGCUGAGACUCAGUCGGCAAAGCGGGUGACAGAGAAUGUAAAACCAUAUGUAAUCGGGCAGGAUGCAGGUGAAACAAAUGAGAAGAAUAAGUUAGCCGACGCAAUGCAAAGUACAGAAGAUUCUUUGGAAACUAGCACGAUGACAAAAGCAACAUUGGAUCUUGCUUUGACGGCCAUACACAUGGGAGAAAUUGAAGGAAAUGAUCGUGGUUCUGUAAUGUUUGGACCUGACAAAAUUGUAAUAACUUUAACAGAUUUCCAUACAUUACAGCUGGAUAUCUCGCACUUGAAGAAAUAUAGUUUGUGGGAGAGACUGUCUGACUCGAUCUUUGAGAAUCACUCGGUUAUUUUCCUUUGGUUUGCUGCAGAUUACAUAGAUGAAAUCAACAAACAGUUGAAAGUAGUUCCCCCAAAACAGGAAUAUAAAUGCAGUGAAUAUAUCUUCAUUCAGCUUUCCAAACCUUUACAAGCUACAGAAACGGCAAUAUUGAAGAACAUUAUGACUCUUAUUGGUGCAAGGAAUGAAGUUGCAGACUUGUGUGAAAUUAUGUCAUUGGAAGAGACUUAUCAGUUAUUGGUUAAGCUUGAUUCAGAGCGGAGCUCCUUCAUAUCGUCCUGCUGCAAAACUCUACCGCAACAAAUGGACACUAUCGCAGGAUCACCUACAUUAUCGCAGGAUCACCAGAUUUCACAGGACGAAAAUGCAAAUUCAACAAGAGUAAAUAAUUAUACAUUGUGUCAUAUGUGGAAAAAGGAUCAUUAUGUAGUUUCGUUUGUUUCAAAGCAAGAGAAGCAGAGGCACAUAUUUAGACAAAGUGGACCCAGUCAGAAAAUAAUAGUUUUCCCUCCUCCACCAACUAAAGGAGGACUUGCAGUUACAACUGAAGAUUUAGAAUGCUUGGAAGAGGGAGAAUUUCUCAAUGAUGUCAUCAUUGACUUUUAUUUAAAGUACCUGUUGCUCAAGAAAGCACCCAAAGAGCUUGCUGAGCGUACUCACAUUUUUAGUAGCUUUUUUUAUCGACGCCUGACCCGAAAGGGUAAUGCUGAAUCAGAGGAGGCGAAUAAUCUCUCAAUACAGCACAAGAGGCAUCAACGUGUGAAAACGUGGACUCGUCAUGUGGAUAUCUUUACAAAGGAUUUCAUAUUUGUACCUGUUAAUGAAGAGUCUCAUUGGUACCUAGCUGUUAUUUGUUUUCCUGGGUUAGACAAAAUAGUUUAUGAAUCUGAUCUAGCCAAUGAACCAAAGACCAGUCCAUCUUCCACACAUUCAAAUAGUGAAAACGUGAGCAAAGACCACAUAUUAUCACCAGAUGAAACUGAUAGGAAUACCUCUCAGAGUAUGCCAUCAGAGGAUUCAGAAGAUAAAGAUUCCAGCACUGUUCCCUGUGCAACUCCUUUAGUUUCACCCGGUCCCAGCAUACAGGAAUGUAUAAAAGUACCAAAGAACUUACACCAACAAAAAAUUAAGAUACUCAAACAGCCAUGUAUUCUUAUAAUGGACUCUUUAAGAGCAGCUUCACAAUUGCACACAGUGAAGAUUUUGCGAGAGUAUCUACAGGUAGAGUGGGAAGUGAAAAAAGGAGGACAGCGCAAUUUCACAGUUGACACAAUGAAAGGCUCAGUCCCCAGAGUCCCUAAGCAAGAUAACAGCAGUGACUGCGGCAUUUACUUACUGCAGUAUGUGGAGAGUUUUUUCCAGAAUCCCAUCACGAAUUUUGAAUUGCCAUUGCAGUUAGAUAAAUGGUUCCUGAGACAGGAAGUAAAGAAAAAACGGGAAGAAAUACAAGAUUUGAUUCUGCAUUUACACAAUCAGCAGAGAACUGAUGUCGAAUAAUUCCAUGCACAUGGCACUGAUGUAUACUAGGUCAUUUCAAAGCUGCUCAUCAUCUUGAAAAUAUGAAGAUUUAAAUUCAACUGUAAAUGUUUAAACUAGAUGACUAAUGUGUAGCACUCAGUUUAAAACAUUUUUGUUUAUAGCAAUGUACAGUUUAAUAAAUUAUACUGAUUUGU